UUCUAUUGCUGCGUUGAGCCUUUCGAAAUAAAGAAAAUCUUUAAAUUUUUUGUGUUUACUUCUCUUUUUUAGUUAUUUGUGCGAAAAAAAAACGUGAUUAAAAAAUAUUAAAAUGAUUGGAAGUAUGGAAAAUAAUGAUGCCGGACGACGGUAUCGUACCGCAUUCACUCGCGAGCAGCUGGCACGCUUGGAAAAGGAGUUCUACAAAGAAAAUUAUGUGUCACGCCCACGUAGAUGUGAGCUUGCCGUACAAUUGGGACUCAAGGAAUCUACAAUCAAGGUUUGGUUUCAAAAUCGACGAAUGAAGGAUAAACGGCAAAGAUUUACUGCAACAUGGCCAUACAAUAUUUACAAUGAUCCCGUGUUUGCUGCUUCAUUACUUCAGGCGACUAUGCCAUUUUAUGGGCCAAAUCCAAUGAUGCAACAAAUGCCAAUGAUGCUACCAGCACCAAUUCCAUCAACUGGCGCGAAUCCGUAUGCAUACAUGCGACAAGUUCCAUAUUUUUCACCACUAAAUUCAUCGAGUAUGCCACCAUCUCAUUUACACUCAUCUCUACCCACACCACCAAUUGCAACAACUGCGCCAGUGUUCACGAGCGGUGAUUACUCAAAUGGUGUCAGCAACUCGUUUCUCGGUGAUUUCAUGCAUAGUCCCAAUUCACAAGUGUCACCGCUAUCACUAUCACCUAUAUCUGAUACAAAUAUUCAUGAUUCACAAGCCACACCUGAAAUCAUUCACCAAAACAACAACAAUGAUUGUAUUAAAAACAAUAUUAACACAGACGUGACGACGAUAAUUAAGUCGGAGAAGCCAAAGUUAUUCCAACCAUAUAAGUCAGAAGAGUCGAAUUAAAAAUAGACAAUCGAGGUUUAUACUUGGUUUUCGUGAAUAGUGUGAUGUACAUAUUUCGUGUUGUAAAUAUUUAUGUUA